UCCCAGGCUGGAGGACGGUUCUGAGACGGUGAAGAAGGAGCUUGCGAGGAUCAUCGGUCAGCUGAGCUGUAUCCAAUCAGAUCUCUCCCAGCUCAGUGACACCCAAACAAGGUCCACUCCUGCUCCUGAGAUCCUCUGCCACAAACUCAGCCUCGCAGCAGAGCAUGCUGGGAACACUUUGCCGUCCCUCAAGGCGACUGUUGUCAAACCUUUCCUGCCACUGCUCGAACCACAAGCUCCAAGUAGUGUUAAGCAAGCUUUCCUAGAAGCUCUGCCUCACCUCUGCCAGCACGUCAAUCUGGUUGAUGGAGACAGCGGCUCCCAGGAAGUUCUCUGCGCUCUGAUUGGUCUAAUGGAAGACUCGGAUCCAGUGGUCAGAAUACGCUUCAGCCAAUCAGUGCGUUUCCUGCUAACAGAGACCACCAGGAACUCAGAGCAGGGAUCCCUGAAUGAGCUCCUAGUGGCCCGUCUUAAAGAGGCUUUCAACAACGCUAAACUCAAGAGAGACGACGACCUGCGCAACACUCUCAUCCUCACCACUGGAGAGAUCGGCAG